AUGGCCUCCCGUGCCCUUGUCUCGGGUCGACCCAGGUCCCUCCCUCCCCUUCCUCCGGGGCCUGCCCCCACCUGUGUUCCUUGUGUCGAGGGCCGGCAGCGCGCCGCCCCUCACUCCUCCUCGUUUCCUCCGACUGAGGCCCCUCUGCAGACUCUUCACAUGGACGUGUGGGGCCCAGCCCGCGUCCGUGGACAGGGUCACGAGCGCUACUUCCUCCUGGUCGUUGACGACUACUCGCGUUACACCACAGUCUUCCCCUUGCGCAGCAAGGGUGAGGUCACUGAGGUGUUGAUCGUUUGGAUCCGCGGUGCUCGUCGCCAGCUCAGUGAGAGUUUCGGCUCAGACCUUCCUGUUCUGCACCUGCACUCGGACAGAGGCGGGGAGUUUUCCUCCGACCUCCUGAGGGCCUUCCGUCGUUCGGAGGGCAUUCGCCAGACGUUCACGCUUCCGGCCUCCCCGCAGCAAAAUGGGAUUGCUGAGCGCCGCAUUGGCAUGGUCAUGGACGUCGCUCGUACGUCCAUGAUCCAUGCGGCUGCUCCCCAUUUUCUGUGGCCGUUCGCGGUUCAGUACGCGGCGCAUCAGAUCAACCUUCAGCCUCGUGUCUCCUUGCCGGAGACCACACCUACUCUGCGGUGGACGGGGAAGGUUGGCGAUGCGUCCGCGUUUCGUGUCUGGGGAUCUCGAGCUUUUGUCCGCGAUACUACUGCGGACAAGCUGUCCUCCCGUGCCGUUCCCUGUGUCUUCCUUGGCUUCCCUCCUGACGCACCCGGGUGGCAGUUCUACCACCCCACUUCGCGUCGUGUUCUGUCCUCUCAGGACGUCACGUUCGACGAGUCGGUGUCGUACUACCGUCUCUUUCCCUACCGCACUGCCUCUCCCCCCCCCCCGCCGCUCUUCCUCGCACCAGGUACUCCCCUGGUAGACCCCCUCCCCCCCCAGGGUCCUGCCCCCUCAGGUGUGUCCCAGGUAGACCCUGCCGAGCCGGUCGAGGUAGCUGUCGACUCAGGUGCUGCUAGGGGUGCUGAGACUGGGGGUGCUGAGACUGGGGGUGCUGAGUCUGGAGGUGCUCUAGGUGUCCCGUCGCGGCGGGAGCCCCUCUCUCCACAGCGGCUUCGUGAGUGGUACUCUCGGCGCUAUCGAGGUGUUGCUGGUGCUGGAGCUGCUGGAGGUGCUGGAGGUGCGACUGGAGCUACUGGAGGUGCUGGCGCUGCUGGAGGUGGUGCUGGUGCUGGAGCUGCUGGAGGUGCUGCUGGUGCUGGAGCUGCUGGAGGUGCUGUUGGUGCUGUAGGUGCUGGAGGUGCUCCUGGAGCUACUGGAGGUGCUGGCGCUCCUGGAGGUGGUGCUGGUGCUGGAGCUACUGGAGGUGCUGCUGGUGCUGGAGCUGCUGGAGGUGCUGGUGCUGCUGGAGGUGGUGCUGCUGCUGGAGCUGCUGGAGGUGCUGCUGGUGCUGGUGCUGGAGCUGCUGGAGGUGCUGCUGGGAUUGGAGACCCUGGGGCUGAGGGUACCGGUUCUGUCUCUGCUGUUUCUCGAGGCGCUGCGCGGCCGCGGCCGUACUACGUUCCCCUCCUUCAGCAGGUUCUUGGCUCCCCGCCUUCUCCUGGUCCUCCUCCUCCUUUCCUGAGUCCACCGCCUGUCCAGUCUCAGUCGCAGUUGCAGCCGGCCCCUCCCCUGCCUGGUCCUUCUCCUUACUCUGGUCCGACUAGAGGUCUUACGGAGCGUCGUGAGCCUGAGUCGCGUCCUGUGUCGCCUGCGUCUCGUUCUGCGUCGCCUGUCCGCACUGUUCGCGCUGGUCGUGUUUCGCGUCCACGUCUUCCUCCUGUCCCCGGCAGUCACUCUAUGACACUGCGUCCUUCUACUGCUUCACAGCGUGUCCCUCUGCCCUCUCGUCCUGCGUCCUCUCUUCCUGACGGUCCGGACCCGGAGUCUGACUCCCUUCGUGCUGCUAGUCCUACUGUCACGCGCUUUCUGGCCACUGCUGUCACUGACCCUCUACAUCGCUCUUACGCAGAGGCGAUAGAGGGUCCCUACUCUUCUCAGUGGCCUGCAGCCAUGGACGCAGAGAUGGCUUCCUGGAAGUCCACAGGCACCUACGUAGACGAGGUUCCCCCACCUGGGGCGAACAUCGUCAGUGGCAUGUGGAUCUUCAGGGUGAAGCGGCCGCCGGGUUCUCCGCCUGCCUUCAAGGCGCGUUACGUUGCACGUGGCUUCAGUCAGCGACAGGGAGUUGACUUCUUUCAGACCUUCUCCCCUACCCCGAAGAUGACCACUCUUCGGGUACUGCUGCACGUUGCUGCUCAGCGUGACUACGAGCUCCACUCGCUUGACUUCAGCACAGCCUUCCUACAGGGCAGCCUGCACGAGGAGAUCUGGCUGCGCCGCCCACCUGGCUUCACUGGGUCGUUUCCUGCUGGUACCCAGUGGAGCCUCCGGCGGCCAGUCUACGGUCUCCGCCAGGCGCCCCGUGAGUGGCACGACACGCUCAGGACGACUCUUGCUGCUCUUGGUUUUGCUCCUUCCACUGCUGACCCUUCUCUGUUUCUACGCACUGACGCUACUCUGCCGCCGUUCUACGUUCUUGUGUACGUAGACGACCUUGUCUUUGCUACUGCUGACACGGAGGCACUCGCCCACGUGAAGUCCGAGCUGCAGAAGAGACACACGUGCACAGACCUGGGUGAGCUGACAAGCUAUCUUGGCUUGCGGAUCACCCGGGACAGAGCACAGCGCACCAUUACCUUGACUCAGUCACACAUGGUGCAGCAGGUCCUUCAGCGCUUCGGCUUCACCUACUCCUCGCCACAGUCCACUCCUCUACCUACCGGUCACUCGCUCUCAGCUCCACCUUCGGACGAGUCCGUAGAGCCGAGUGGCCCGUAUCCAGAGCUUGUGGGCUGCCUCAUGUACCUGAUGACUUGCACACGACCUGACCUCGCAUACCCUCUCAGCCUUCUGGCUCGCUACGUGGCUCCCGGCAGGCACCGAAAGGUGCACUGGGAUGCUGCGAAGAGGGUGUUGCGAUACUUGUGCAGUACAUCGGGCAUGGGGCUCGUGCUUGGAGGACGGGCUCGAGUUGUCCUCACUGGUCACGCUGACGCCUCCUGGGUUGACGACUUGGCUACGCAUCGGUCGUCACAGGGUUACAUCUUCAGCCUUGGCUCCGGUUCUGUCUCCUGGCGGUCUACCCGCUCUUCUUCUGUUCUCAGCUCCAGUUGGGAGGCUAAGAUCUACGCUGGGGCCAUGGCUGCACAGGAGCUUCGCUGGCUCACCUACCUGCUGACCGACUUGGGAGAGGCGCCUCGUUCUCCUCCAGUUCUGUACGUUGACAACAAGGCCAUGCUGGCCUUGUGUCAAGAGCACAGACUGGAGCACAGAACGAAGCACAUUGCUCUGCGCUACUUCCUUGCUUGA